UGAGUUUUAUGCGAUUUCCAGGUUCUGGCUGAUCCGGCAGCAACAUGAUAUAAAUGUGUGCGGAGAGAGCGAGAGAGCGAUAUCUGUGAUAAUAGAGAGACACUGACACCAGGAUCCAGGAGAGAUACUGCGAGAUGCUGCACCCGUCACCUUGUCUCCUUCUCCCACUCCUCCUGUGCCUCUUCCUUCCAUAUGGCCAGUGUCGCUGCUACUUCCAAGCCAGGGCUCCGUGUCGCUAUGCCGGGAGGAGCUAUGGAUUGGGUGAGUCAUGGCUGAGGACAGGCUGUCAGCUGUGCACGUGUCUACACCCUGUGGGAGUUGGCUGCUGUGAUAUCACCCAGCACCCCAUCGACUUUCCUGCGUGGUGUGAAGCUCGUUACGACCCUCGGACCUGUCGCAUCUCGGUGGUACAGAAGGCCAAUCCCAACCUGCCGUGUGUCCACAGCGCAGACUACGAGUGGGGCUCAGCGGGAGCGCCGGAAACAGAGAGCGUCUAUCCUACGCACAUCAGCAGAUAG